AUGGCAACACAAGCUCAAGAUAUUCCGCUCACACGCCGUCUAUCUGACUCGGCUCCAGAAGUUUCUGAGAAUGAUGGCACGCCAGAACCGGGCGUGUCACCGGUAUCACGCAAGAAGCAGGCUAUAGUACUCCUAUCUGCUUUUGUCGCUACAGCCAUUACUAUUGGCUACAACCAAACUUUUGGUGUCUUUCAAGAGUACUACCUAUCAGCCAGCCAGGAUGUUCUGGUGCCCGCCCCAGCAUCGCAGGCUACACCACCAAUAGCAAUGCUUGCUUUUGUAGGCACAUUGUGUUAUGGUCUUACAUGGGCAGGCGGGAUUAUUGUGAACCCCAUCAUGUCGCGCAUCGAGCAUGGGACCUGGAAAGGCGCCGCGGCUACGCCUUCGACACGGCUUUGGCGCCGUAGAUUGCUGCGCUUGUUGACACGAAAGAUGAUUACCAUUUUCGGAGUGCUUCUUGUUGCCGCAGGGUUUAUACUGGCCUCGUUCAGUACCACCAUUUGGCAGCUUUUGCUCACGCAAGGCUUUCUUGUCGGACUCGGCAUGUCGUUUAUUUACUUUCCACUGUUAUCCCCAGCACCCGAGUACUUUACUUCACACAGAGCCACUGCUAUGGGUUUCAUUCUCGCUGGCGGCGGAACUGGUGGUCUUAUUUUUUCGCCAAUUAUCCGAGCACUCCUCGACGCCGUGGGUGGUCGUUGGACACUCAGAAUAUAUGCUGCUGUUAACCUUGUCAUCGGCCUGCCAAUCGCAUGGGCAGUACCGCGAAGUCGGUUCGCUGGUGUUCCGUCUGCAGAUGCGGAUGAGCCCGAGAGACGAAAUACACAUGUCUCACGUGCUCUAGCCGCAAGACCAACUUUUAUAUUUUCUGUCAUCACUGCAUUCCUCCAGGCGGCUGGUGCCCAGCUUCCUCUCGCCUUUAUCCCCUCAUAUACUGUGGUCUUGGGCAAGUCUUCAUCUACUGGAGCUAACCUUCUCGCUGCCGCAAACGUGAUUAAUGCCGUAUCACGUAUUCUCACGGGCUAUGCUGGCGACCGCUUUGGCCGACAAAACACGCUCGCUCUAACAUUGUUCCUUGCCGCCGCCAGCGUUUUUGCCUUUUGGCUUUCCAGCGUAAUGAUUCCUACCGCUUCCUCUGCCUUUUCAUUCUGGUUGGCCUUUAUCGUGCUGUAUAGCUUUUCCGGUGGAGGAUAUUACGCACUUUUCCCAGCCUUGAUCGCAGAAGUCUUUGGUAUCCGGCAAUAUGUUGCUGUUAACGCUUUUAUACUUCUAGUCAGAGGGCUAGGGACUAUGUUUGGUAGUCCUGUAGGUGGACAACUGCUAUCCGACUCGGAAACGGGAUCACGCGCAUACACCAAUAUUGUGUACUGGGAUGGAGCACUCUUGAUGGGUGCGACAUUGGGCUGUAUUGGUGUCCGAUGGGCAGACGCAAGAUUCAAAGGAUGGAAAUGGAUUGCUUGA